UCUCUUUUGGUUGAAGACUUGGAGAACAAUACGAGCUAGAUUCUGGGGAAGAGAAGGCUUUGGGUUUGAAAUGAGAAAUAAAGGAAGUUGAACAGGGUAAGUUAAAUUAUUUGGUUUUCAUGUUCUUUUGAUAACUUUAUGAUGUUCCUCAGCUCAGCAAUGAGUUGUAGAUUGUUAGGAAAACUUACAACUAACAGUUGGUCCUCCUUUUCUGCUGAAGACUUGAAUUUGCGGACUGAUUUUGAGUSUCUGUACUAAACAAGAUGGGAAAAAAAUACAAAAUUCCCCACACACAUAUAUCAUAAGGCUUGUUUAGCAGCCUUCUAGUUUGAGACUCUACUUUUUACAUGGUAGAGGAAUAGGAAGAGCUUGAGUGGCAUUUAAAGAAACACCAAGGAUGAAAUUUGAGAAUGAAUUCAAGAAACAAAUGGUGCCUGAAUGGACGGACAAUUAUAUGGAUUAUAAUGGCCUCAAAAGGUUAUUGCGUGAAAUUUCCUGCCAGAAACAGAUUAACAAGUCUAAAGCAUCCUCUGGCCACUCAAAAAAGAAGCCAAAAAUUGACAGCAAAUGUAGUGAAUUAGCCUCUCAACSAAGAAACAAGGAUAUUGAGAACCAAGUGGCCGGAGAUAUUGACAAAUCACGGCAACAUGUUUCCACACAACUGAAGUUCCGUGAUAUAUCAGAGAUUGAGGUGACCUUUUUUAGAAAACUUGAUGAAGAGCUCAACAAGGUCAAUUCCUUCUACAAGGAGAAUAUAGAGGCUGUAACUGAAGAAGCAAGUGUUCUAAAUAAACAAAUGGAAACUUUGAUGGCAUUGCAUACGGCUUGCCCUUCAGGUACAUGGAUGCUUUACUUAUAUGAAGGUCAAUCUAUGAGAUACACUGAACUUUUGAUGGUAAGUUUUAUAACYUAAUGUUUAUUUGAAGGAAGCGCGCAGAAGGAUUCAGCAGUUGAAGUGGAUACUAAUCAUAAACAUGAGCCAAGAGGGUCUAAUUGGGGUUCAGAACUGGAUCAAGUUCACACAGCAGUAUGUAGCAAUGAAUAUGUAGAAGAAAUGACAGCAAAGGACGACRACCAAUAUGCUCUAGAAAUUCUUAAGCAUGUGCAAGUCCGCUCACGUAAAUCCAUAGUGAAAGGUAUUUUCAAGAAUUCUAAAGAGGGCGACUUGGAUGUCAAUAAAGAUGACCAAAGAAAGAUUGAAGAACAGUUGAAAAAGGCAUAUGCUGAAUUUUACCAGAAGCUUCAUUUGUUAAAGCAAUACAGUUUUAUGAACCUGUCAGCAUUUGCGMGAAUCAUGAAAAAGUAUGAGAAGAUUUCAUCAAAGACGGCAGCCAGGUCAUACAUGGAAAUCGYGGAUGAUUCAUAUCUUGGAAGUUCUGAUGAGGUAGCUGAUCUCAUGAAAAUGGUGGAAAUUACCUUCAUCAAGAACUUUUCAAACUCAAACUAUAAAGAAGGUAUGAAGCUUUUGAAGCCAAAAACUAAAAGAGAAAAACACAGCGUGACAUUUUCUUCAGGYUUCCUAUCUGGUUGCACAGUGGCACUACUUGCAGCAACUAUUUUGAAAAUAGUAUCUCAAAAAUUGAUGGAGAGGGAAGAUGGCACUCAUUAUAUGGAGAAUAUAUUUCCACUUUACAGUCUAUUUGGCUAUAUGGUCCUACAUGUGCUCAUAUAUGCAGCAGACUUACACUUCUGGAGACGUUGUCGAGUUAACUAUCCGUUUAUCUUUGGUUCCAAGCGAGGAACUGAAUUAGGUUGUCAAGGGGUUUUCCUGCUUGGUUCUGGUCUUGCAGUACUUGCAACAGCCAGCUUCCUGGCAAGCUUAUACUUGGACCAGGACCACAGUACUCGAAAGUAUAGAACAGAAGCAGAGAAGGUUCCUUUAGGCACAAUAGCACUUAUUCUUCUCGUCAUCUUUUGCCCAUUCAACAUUCUAUACAAGUCGAGCAGUUUUUUCUUUUUCCGUUGUAUUUUACGCUGUAUAUGUGCUCCUCUGUGCAAGGUUAGGUUUCCUGAUUAUUUCUUGGCAGAUCAGCUUACUAGUCAGGUCCAAGCUUCACGAUGUAUAGUGCUGUAUAUUUGCUAUUAUGGUUUAGGAGAAUACUCGAGGAAGCAAGACAAGUGCCACACACGUGGCGUCUACAACACGCUCUCCUUCAUUAUUGCUGUUGUACCAUUUUGGCUGCGGUUCUUACAGUGCAUCCSUYGAUUAGUUGAAGAAAAAGAUGCAAUGCACGGCUGCAAUGCUUUGAAAUACCUAUCGACGAUUGUUGCAGUCCUUAUUAGAACUGCUUUUGAACUAAGAAAGGGAGUUACCUCGAUGGUGUUAGCCUUGAUUAGCUCAGCAGUUGCCAUGUUGAUCAAUACAUACUGGGACAUUGUUGUUGACUGGGGACUUCUACGAAAGCACUCAAAGAACAAGUACUUGAGAGACCGACUUUUAGUGGCGAACAAGCGCAUCUAUUUUGCAGCCAUGAUAUUGAAUAUACUAUUGAGAAUUGCUUGGAUACAAUUGGUGUUARCAUUCAACUUGCACUCGUUUCAAAAGGUUGCAGCCACUGCAUUGAUAUCUUGCUUGGAAAUCGUUCGCCGCGGUCUCUGGAACUUCUUCAGUUUGGAAAACGAGCAUCUGAACAACGUCAAUAAGUAUCGAUCCUUCAAGUCGGUUCCACUUCCGUUCAGCUACUCCGACGAUGAUACUGACAAGGACGAUUGAGAGAAGAGACAGAAGAAGAGGAGAAAAGAAGAAGAGGAGAAAAGAAAAUUGAAGUUAGAGACUUCAUAUGCCAUGGUACUUGUCAACUUAAGGCACAAGCAAAGCCUUUGUCAUUACAUUUUUACUUCUUAACAAAGGGUAGUUGAGGGGUUUAUUUUUAUUUAUAUUUUUAAUACAGAGAGAACAUUACAUUAUAAAAGGAUUGAUUAUGCGAAGCUUCCUAUUAAAAAUUUAUAAUGUUACAAACAAAAAAGAAAUAGAGGAAAAAAUGGCAUAAGUUGCAAAUAUUAGAGGCUAUGAGUGGCAAGAAAUAAUCUUGGUGGGAGAUUUUGUAUAAUUUUCU